GAAUUCAGCCUUUGGUCAGGAAAACAAUUCGCCCAAUGCGUAAACACUGCAACGAGUUAUUAAAGUGACCAUAAAUGGGCAUUUUGUAAUGAAGGUGCGAUGCAUGUGCAUGCGCAGGAGCUUUUCUCCAGUCUGGUGAUGUUGCUUUUGCUCUCUAAUACGAAGCAGUAGAAGUAGAGAUGAAUGAGGACGCGUUUGAGGUCCCUGAAAGGAACGAGUACCGCUACCUCGUUCAGGAUGAGGCCGAAGAGGAGUUCCAAUAUGCCCGCCGCUACUACGUCAGCCCGUUCCUCCAAGUGUCCCGCAGGUGUAUGUUUUUGAUUGGCUGUGGCAUUCUUGCCCUUCUCACUCUCGCAGCAUACCUGGCUUACGUGGCUCAGACUCCACCCGCUGGUUAUGCUGAGGUGCUAACAGACUGUGGUUUGGUGCAUGGGCGAUGGAAAGACGGUGCUUACUCCUUCAAAGGUAUCCCGUAUGCCGUGCCACCUGUUGGCGAACACCGCUGGCAACCUCCAGCAGACCUGAAAGCAAAUGGAAAGUGCUGGAAUGGGGUUUACGAUGCCACACAUUUUCGUAGCAUGUGUGCCCAGGUGCGGCCUCUCAGGGAGGACGGGAGUGUGAUGGGUCAUGAGGACUGCCUGCACUUGAACGUCUGGACACCCAGCCUGCUGCCUGCUGGCGCCCUGCCUGUCAUGGUGUGGAUCCAUGGAGGACACUUGCACAUGCUGAGUGGGCAGGAGAAAGGCUACUCGCCCACUGAGGAGCUGGCAAGCCGAACACAAACCGUGUUUGUCAGUCUGAACUACAGGCUUAAUGCAUUUGGCUUCAUGGCUCUGGAGCUCCUGAGAAAAGGUUCUCCCACCAAUACCUCAGGGAACUACGGCUUCAUGGACCAGAUUCAAGCUCUCCAGUGGGUUAAAAAAAACAUCCAUGUGUUCGGUGGAGACCCAAAGAAAGUCACCAUAUUCGGAGGAUCGUCAGUAUCGGCUUUGAUGAUUUCGCCGCAAGCUAAGGGCCUGUUUCAUCGUGCAAUUGGAAUGAGUUCCUCAUUUGUGUCUAACACCUCGUUGGAGUCAGCUGAAAAAGACAACCUUGUGUUCUUGAAGAGAACAGGCUGCCAAGAUGCCACCUGCCUUCGAAAGCUCAACAUAACUCAGAUCCUCCAGGCCAUUCCAUGGAAGGAAUACCCAUCCUGGGCAAAAGAAGGACUAACAGACAUCCCUGUUAAAGGGAAGUCAUAUGGUCCAGUUGCAGUUUUAGAUGGUCAUGUUCUCUCCACUCAUUCAUUUAAAGCAUGGGAGAAAGGUGGAUUUUACAAUGACAUUCCAUUCGUGGUUGGAACAGCAGAGCAAGAAACUGACUUCAGUCCACCAAUGAAGAACAUCUCCACCUGGACAUGGGGCGACUACCAGUGGUUUCUAUCAGAGAUGCUGAGGCCAUUUGGAGAUGAUGUGGUAUCCCAGGCCCUGAGGCUGUACAACAGUUCUUCUCCAUGCCCAACCAAUGAUCGCUGUCCUGAAAGACUCUACACCACUUUAGUGUCAGAUAUGAGAGCCAGCUGCCCCAGCAACAACCUGGCCAAGCAAGCUGCAGAGGCUUUGAAGAGCCCUGUGUACCGCUACCUGGUGACCUACACUCCAUCUAAAGCAGCUGAUUCAUCCACCUGGCUCCCUUAUCCAAGCCGCUUCUCCUUCCACAUGAUGGACAGCUUGGCGUUCUUCGGCGGCCUCGAGAUGGCACUCGGCACAGUAACCUCUGAAGACAAAGCAUUUCAGCAAACACUCACAAAAUACUUCAUCCAGUUCGCAAAAGAAGGUAAAAUGCCAGAGGAUUGGCCUGAGUUUCCAUCCCAGACUGCGAUGCUGAAUCAGAAGCUUUCUGUGGCACAGAAUCCUUUAGCAGAGAGAUGCGCUCUGUGGGAAAAGCAUAGCUUUUAUUCAUAUGCCUGGAUCAACUAAUGUGGUUUUAUUGGACUCUCUCUAAAUUAUAAGCUUCACAAAACAAAUAAGCACCAAAAAUAAGCAGCUAUGAAAAGAAAUCUGUCUAUUUUGUAUUGCAAUUUUAACACUCUAUUGACGUGGCCAAAAAAAAUGCAGGGAGGAAUAUUAUAUUUGCACUGAGAGUCAAGCACAUUCUUUUUUUGUUAAUGUUUAAUAAGGUGUUUAAUAAAUUUUCUGUAUAGCACAUUAACAUAUAUUUUCUUACAGGCCUGCACAAUAAUGUCAAAAAUCAUAAAUGAUGAUUACCACAUUUGGCCAAGUUGGUAGUUUAGGACCAGUCUGGCUCCCUUGCACUUUCAUUUUUACAUUAUAAGCCUAUAUUCCUUAAAUGUGUAAAUCUUUAAGCUGGAGAACCACAUAAUUUCAGAUUAAUUAACCAAUUAAUUUCAUUGUAUCCUCCUCGUGCUCCUGAGCGUGUAAAUUUACGCAUAAGGAGACUAACUAGUGUAAAUCUUGACUUGGUUGACUUCAAAUCAUUUCAUUUGUAGGGACUAAGAGUACCAUCAAGUAAAUUUAGUGAAAUCUAGUCAGUUAUAUUAUUGAGAUUAAUUUAAAAAUAUGAAAAUAAAGAAAGUGAGCCAACACGCUCUCAUCAAUUAAGACAAAUAAAACUAGUCAUUCAGUUAUUACAGUUAUUACAUUAUAGCCAGAAGCCAUAAACAAAUGCCUCUUAAAACAAUUUUAAAAUAGCAGUUUCCCUGUGUGAUGUGUUUGGUGUGUAUUUCACCUCACACCAUUUUUUUCUCCUGACUUUAUUCACCCCUAAUUCAUCUUUUGUCUCUAGAUUUUGACCUUUUCAGGUGCUUUUACACUGCUAAAUAUUUUUUAUUGGUAUAGAAGUUAGCCAAGAUAACUUACACUUGUGCCUUUCUGCCUUUUCUUUCACCAUUGUCUUUGGGCUUUACAUUUUAUGGAGUUUUGUUGGCGUCACUAAACGCAAAGGAGCUUUAUCUGGAAUGCGCUUUGCACUUUAUGGGUAAUCAGCAUGCGCACGCGAGUAUGAAGAAAAUCAGCCUUUCCAAAACUUUUGUAAAUCCGCUAGAAGAUUUUUAGUUCAGGUUGGCUUAUGCAAACAUUUACACACAACUUUAAUAAAAGAUUGAUUAAUGAGGCCCAUUGAGUGGAUCUUGCUAACUAUUACUAUUUUCUUGCUACUAACACAAUUAGACACAAAACAAAUGCAAUCGACAAAAUACAUCAACCUGCCUCCAAAGUAUGCAGCUAUGUAGUUUGCACAUAUGAAUUGGGACAACCCCCAAGUCCAUUAUUUUCCUAUAACAGCACAUCCUGAAGUGUUUUAUUCCUCUUACACCACAGCAAUUUACCAACAAUUCAUUUUUUAUUAAUUAAAAUUUAUAGUUACAGUUUAUAGUUAUGUUUAAUGUUGUGGAUUGUGCAUGAAAGAGGAUCCUGUCAUUACUUAUAUUUUAUAGCAGCUAUGAACAGUUGUUCCAUCACCAGCCUCUAAUAAGACAGUAAAACCCAGCCUGUCAUGCUAUAGAGAAACCAUGAAAGCAUAAAGUUUUCUGUUCUGAAGCAUCUCCCAUAUGGGAAAACUUACUGUUAAGUGCUGACACUGGAGACUCCUUCCAUAAAUGUUAGCAAGCAUCUCUUGUUUUGCUAAAUAGUGGCACUUUUAUGUGGUAAUACAAGUCCCUGUGAAUAUUAGUGAGUAAUGUCUUAGAACAAGCGCAUUAAUAAAAACCUUAUCUGAAAUACAGCCGGAACUACUGUCAGAGCUGCUGUUACAGAAAAGUAAUCAACACCUUCUGACCAAGCAGAUUCAAAGAAUUCAAAAUUAAAAUACGACUAAUUGUGCAGCCCAACUGUCUUUCAUACGUUUCUUUUCAUUGAGCAUUGUCAGUGCAAAUGAUGAAUUAGAUCUGUUGUUUGCAUUCAGGUGUUAUGAAUAUACAUUUCUCUUCCCUGCAUCUUGAAAGGUGACUUGCUUUUGUUAUCUGUGAUCAGAGGGUUCCUGACCCUUCCAGGAUGGAGGCUGUGAUUAGAGAAUCAUACUAUAGGCCUGGGCUGUGUGCUUACUCCUCAUUCUGUCUUGAUGAUUGGACAGGUUGACUUGUUCGAUAUGUGCGAGAAGACAGAUGAAAGGCUCUCAUUGAAAGCGAGUGUAUGAAAGCACUGACAUGUGCAGACCCACAUCAAAGCCCUGAUUCUUUCAUUUUGUGCAGCAGCUUUAUGGGGUCAGAACCUACACCACUUUUUUAUUUCCUUUGGGACUUGUUAAAUGUUGUGCUUUCACUAUCACUGUUGAUUUGCGCUUUCUUUUUUUUAUGUUUUUAUACACAAUGUCAUCAAAUGAUUGCAUUUUGGACUUUUAUUUACAUAAAACUUUAUUUUUUCCACCAAUCUACAAUAAACACCUGUUUUCAGGUGAAGUCGAAUUAACAUCCUUUAUUUUUUUUUUUUUAAUUUCACACAAAGGGACAGGCAGACAAAUUUCAAGAAUGGAAGUUGAGAUUUUUCUCAAGAGCACACAGAUAACUCCUUAACACAGUCAAGUUUUAAUCGAAAAGGGGGAAAAAAAAAAACACCUUUUGUAAUGCAUGUAUCAGGAAGGA